AUGAGUUAUAAACUGACGUAUUUUCCUAUCCGAGGCUUGGCUGAACCAAUUCGUUUAGUACUGGUUGAUCAAGGUAUAAAGUUUACUGACGAUCGUAUCAAUGCAAGUGAUUGGCCUUCCAUGAAAUCACACUUUCAUUUCGGACAACUACCUUGUCUUUACGAUGGUGAUCAUCAAAUUGUGCAGUCCGGUGCUAUUCUGAGACAUCUUGCUCGCAAACAUAAUUUAAAUGGUGGAAAUGAACUGGAAACGACACAUAUUGAUAUGUUCUGUGAAGGCGUCCGUGAUCUGCACACCAAAUAUACGAAAAUGAUUUACCAGGCUUAUGACACUGAAAAGGAUUCCUACAUAAAAGAUAUAUUGCCAGUAGAGCUGGCGAAAUUUGAAAAGUUGCUUGCUACACGAGACGAUGGAAAAAAUUUCAUUCUAGGAGAAAAGAUUUCAUACGUAGAUUUCGUCCUUUUCGAAGAACUUGACAUUCAUCAGAUCCUGGAUCCGCACUGUUUGGAUAAAUUUCCACUUUUAAAAGCUUAUCAUCAACGAAUGGAAGAUAGACCUGGACUUAAGGAGUACUGCAAGCAGCGUAAUAGAGCAAAAAUACCAGUGAAUGGAAAUGGAAAACAGUGA